UUAUUGUAACACACCGCUUGGCAGUCAUGUCGGCGCUGAAGUCAGGGCAGGACGCUCACAAUUACAGUAGUCAAAUAUCUGUUUGAAAUAACUCGUUGUGUAAUUUUUAGAUCCAAGAAUACAUUAGUUUGAGAUUAUGUGUUGAAGGAAAGCGACCUACUCGUUGCAGUGUUGAUUUAUUUUGAGUUAUUUGUUUGAGCCAUGGCAUCACUAUCAGAGGAAGUGCUGCUGGUGGUGAAAAAAGUUCGUCAGAGGAAGCAGGAUGGCACACUUUAUCUGAUGGCUGAACGUAUAGCCUGGGGUCCAGAGGGGAAAGACCGCUUCACAGUCAGCCACUUGUAUGCAGAUAUUCGCUGCCAGAAGAUUAGCCCAGAUGGUAAAGCCAAGAUUCAGCUCCAGCUGGUGCUUCACACCGGCGAGAGUACCACAUUCCACUUUUCCAAUGAGAGCAGUGCACUCAAAGACCGAGAUGCAGCCAAAGAGCUGCUUCAGCAGCUACUGCCCAAAUUCAAGAAGAAAGCCAACAAGGAACUGGAAGAGAAAAACAGGAUGCUUCAAGAAGAUCCAUUACUUUUCCAGUUGUAUAAGGAUCUCGUGGUGAGCCAGGUGAUUAGUGCAGACGAAUUCUGGGCCAACCGGUUAGGAGAUUUAAACAACACAGACCCUAUACCAUGCAACAACAAACAGGAAGUUGGUAUAUCUGGAGCCUUUCUGGCAGACAUUAGACCUCAGACAGAUGGCUGCAAUGGCUUGAGAUAUAAUCUGACAGCUGACGUUAUUGAAUCCAUCUUCAGAACAUACCCUGCAGUGAAGCAGAAGUAUCUUGAAAAUGUGCCUCAUAACCUGACGGAGAAGGAGUUCUGGACGCGCUUUUUCCAGUCCCAUUAUUUUCACAGAGACCGCCUUAACACAGGAACACAGGAUAUCUUCUCAGAGUGUGCCAAACAGGAUGAAAAGGGGUUAAAGUCUAUGGUGGUUCAAGGAGUGAAGAAUCCUUUGGUCGACCUCCUGUCGUUGGAGGAUAAAACGUUAGAUGAGGGUUAUGGAGUUAGCACAGCAGCACCCUCAACUUCCACUACAAACAGGACGGUAAAGGAGAGCAGCAAUGCUGCCAUCAUAAAGCGGUUCAACCACCACAGUGCCAUGGUGCUGGCAGCAGGUUCACGCAAGGGGGAAACUCAAACUGACCAAGCUAGUGAGACAAGCAGCACAGAUGGAAACUCGAGGGAUUCGGACUUCUUCCAGCCUCCUGUAAAGAAGGUUAAAUUACAAGAAGCCAUUGAGUAUGAAGAUCUGCAAAAGGAAAAUGGACCUAAAACAGUCGCGCUAAACCUUAAGAAGUCCGACAGAUAUGCUCAUGGUCCUAUGCCACUUCAGUCCCAACACUAUACGACAAGCCAGGAUAUCAUCAACUCUGUCAACUGUAUCCGGCAUGAGAUGCUCAAUUACAAACCCAACCUCACUCAGGUGAUGUCCAACACAGCAGCUAGUUCUGCCAUUGCAGCACUUUCUCCCGGUGGCGUCCUCAUGCUCGCUGGAACACAGCAAGCCAUAAAUCAGAUGGUACCCACUGAGGUUCAAGGAGAGUUGAAGCAUCUUUAUGCAGCUGCUGGGGAGUUGUUGAGACACUUCUGGUCCUGCUUUCCUGUGAACACACCAUUUCUAGAAGAGAAGGUGAUGAAGAUGAAGUCGAACCUUGAAAGAUUUCAGAUGACCAAGCUUUGUCCAUUUCAAGAGAAGAUUCAGCGUCAGUACUUAAGUACAAAUCUCACAGGGCAUUUGGAGGACAUGCUGCAGACAGCCUAUAGUAAAUUCCACGUUUGGCAAACGCGUCGCAUGAUGAGGAAAACCUGAGGUCUGAUGGUUUGUCAAAGAGAGGACACGAAAGACAUUAGAGUAUAUGGACAAAUAACCUGUGAAGGUUCUCCAGACUGCUGUGAAGAGACCACAGAUCACAUCGUGAUGGGACGUGGUUCACAGGGGCUUAAUGAGGAUAUACUGUAGGUGGACGCUGCUACAACUGUUGAACAGAGAGUAACUGCAUCUCAGUCACAAAUGACUGUAACAAGUUUCUUUCUCUUUUGUUUGUGACUUCUCAGUGGUUGAGAGCUUUUUGCCGGUGAUGGUUAAAUGGGACUUUUAAAAUGGUGUAACAUGACCAAAUUUCAGAUUGAAAAUCAGAAAAAGACACUCAGGACUAAACAGGCUGCCAACAUGUAUUUCAUCAGUGCACAGAGCAGAGGAAGAGAGAGAGCUUGGACGUAAAAGGAAGCCCCUCUGAGCGCUGGGUCGAUUUGUGGAACAAGGUUCCAGAAAAUCUGAAGUGAAAAGGCGAAGUGAAUAUAGCAAUACUGUAAAGACAUUUCACACUCGAGUGCAUUGGUGUGUGUGUGACUCAAAUCACACUGUCACUGGUUUGUAAUGUCUGCACCCUCUGUCUGCACUGAAGACAAAAAUGUUCAUCUGAAUUAAAGUGAGGCAUAAAGUUUGUUC